ACUUCAGCAGACGGAAAUGAGGCAGAAUCAAACUAUGAUGUUACUAAUGAACAAUUUGAUUUGGAUAGAUCAAAACGAAGCGGAAGAGGCUAUAUGCGUGGACAAACGCAAUCUCAGUAUCUGAAUUUUGGUAAGCCAGAAGAGGACGGCAAAGCAGAAGCAGAGGCUAAUGAACAUGGUUCCAGAACCACAGUUUCUGGAAGCCACGGCAUGGGACAGGCGCAGAGUCAAUUUUCAAUGGGAGAUUGUACCGAGUGUGCAACACCCCCAAUUUACGAAUAUCCCGCUGGCUCCCCGGAUCCAUUGACUUUAAUAAGUGGUAGGCCAGAUGCUUUAAUAAGUGCACCAGGUACUGGCGCUGGUAGUCAACAACCUGGCGGUAUAUAUGGCCCGAGUGGAACUAGUGCAGUUGGUGGUCCUGGAGCUGCUGGAGCAUUAAGACCUGGUGGAGUUGGGGGACCUGGUGGUGUACAUCCUGGUGGAAGAGGUGGUGGUCGGCUUGAUGGUGCGUUAAGACCUAGUGCAGGACUCCAGCCUGGAGCAGGAUAUGCGCCAGGUAUUGCAGGUCAACCUACCGGACCCGGUGGCUUACCAGGAAGAGACGGUGUUCAGCCAGGCGGACCGUUAAGGCCUAGCGCUGGCGUGCAACCAGGAGGUGGUUAUGUGCCCGGCUAUGGUUCGCAAAUUUCUGGACCCGGAGGUGCAGGCAUUGGAGGUGGUAUUCAGCCCGGUGCUGCAUUGAGACCUGGCGCUGGACUACAACCUGGCACAUCUUACGGACCUGCUGCUGGCCAACAAACUGGUCCGGGUGGUAUAGGAGUGGGAGGGUUACGACCCAGCGCUGGAUUACAACCCGGAACAGUCGGUCAACCAGGUGGUGGAUAUGGACUUGGACAAAUUGGCGGACCGGGUGCAGUAGGAACAGGUGGAGCUUUACGGCCUGGAGAAGCUGGUGCUGCCCCGGUUGGUGGCGGUUAUGGGCCAGGUGUUGGCCGACAGCCUCUUGGUGCUGAUGGUGUUGGUGCGCAACCCAGCGGUGGUUUAAGACCCGGUGGUGUAUAUAGGCAAGAAGCUGGUGGCCAGCCUAUUGGACCAGGAGGACUGGUAGGUGGAGAUGUUCCAGUAGGAGGUGAUAUAAGAACUGGUGCUGGAUUUCAGCCUGGUGGUGCUUAUGGACCAACGGCAGGUUAUCCUACGGGAACAGAUGGUAGAGGAGUGGGCGGAGCCGGUGCUGAUCUCAGACCAGGGGCACUUAUACAAGGCGGCCCGCAACUAAGUGGACAACCAGGUGCCUCCGGUGUUCUACAACCAAGUUCCGGUUUUCGACCUGGAGUUGGGGCUCAACCUGAGGGAACCUAUGGGCCACAUACAAGUCGCCAACCUACUGGACCCGGUGCGGUAGGCGGUGGUGGUGUACAGCCAGGUGGAUACGGCCCUGGUGGAGGUUUCCAACCAGGUGCGCGCUUAAGACCCGGUCAAGGUUACGAAGCUGCUGGCGUUCAACCCGGAUAUGACGGAGUAUACAGACCAGUUGCGGCCGGAGCAGUUGAUACUAGUGGAAUUUAUAGACCUUCAGAGCGUGCGGGUGGUCAACCUGGAACUCAAGCGUAUGGACCCGGUACAAUUGGACAGCAAGCUGGACCAGGCGCAGGUGCAUAUCCCGGCCAUGCUUAUGCUCCCAGUGGUGUUUAUGGGCCUGGUGAAGCUGGUGCUCCCUCUGGACCUGGGGGUAGAUAUGGAUAUGGUCAUCCAGGUGCUGGUAUACAAGCGGGCGCAGGCGUUCAUCCAGGAUUCGGUGCCCAGCCCGGUGCUGGCUUUCAACCAGGUGCAGGUCUACAACCAGGGGCAGGUGUUCAUCCAGGAGUCGGUUAUCAACCUGGCGCAGGUCUACAACCAGGCGCAGGCGUACAACCAGGAGUCGGCUAUCACCCUGGCGCGGGUCUACAACCAGGUGCUGGUCUUCAACCGGGCGCAGGCGUACAACCUGGAGCCGGUUAUCAACCUGGCGCUGGUCUGCAACCAGGU